UGACGACUUCAGCGGGUGAUGGUGGCCCUCAAGAAGAGUACAAGACGCUCAUGGGUGACGACAUCCCAGAGCUUGUCCUGCACGCAUCGUAUAUCGCAUUGCAUCUCUUUUUGUAGGGGCUCGGGUUCUUUACCCGCCUGACGUGCCCGACGACAUUCUCGAGGACGUCAUCCAGAAAGCGUACAGACUUAAGGCUCACAGCAUGGCACGGCACGCCCUUCUGUGUGCAUGCAAUGAGUGAGGUUGACGCAUGGGACCUUUUGUCUCCUCCCUCUCUAUGCACCUCCUUACUCCUGCAGGCAGCGGUUGACGGAGGAGCACAAUCCCGAUAGAGAGGGGCAGAGGAUAGCUGAGGCCAUGAAGCAUGAACUCGACCAAAAAUGGGGACCCUACUGGCACGUGGUCUGCGAGACAAGACGCGGCGCAGAGCCCACACUCAGGUCGUUAUCUUGUGUAUUCGUGUCUGUGUGCAUCCAUUGCAGAUCGUUGGGCGGCAUUUCGGGACCUACGUGAUAUCGUCCACUCAGCGCUUCGUCUACUUCUACCUUGGGCCCCACGCAUUUUGUGUGUACAAGUGAAUGACCCGUGUUCUCACACAUGACGGAUGAAUCCGUGCAUGUGAUUGUUCGACCAUUUCGGUGCCGCCUGAAUGAGUCGACGAACGACGCAUACAAUGCAAUCGAUUGACAGCCAUUCACGGUGUAGGUCGGUAGAUAGAUAGGAACGUUCGG